AUGAUCAUGGGUGCCAUCAGAUCUCUCGUGCUCACGGGCUUGCUUGGGCCUGGGUCCCGGGUAUUUGCCCAUCCAACCACUCAUCAGCCCCAUCUCGCCCGGAGAGGUGUUGAUAUCGAGGCUUUCCGGCUUCCCCUUCUGUCGGAAUAUGUCAACGCUACAGAAACAGCCUCUGACCCGAUUAUGACCCUCAGCAAGCGGGCUACGUACGUUGAGACUGCCACUGAGCUCGUCAAAGCUACUGUGCCCGGCGUCACCUUCAGGGUUGUCUCCGAUCAUUACGUGGGAGCUAAUGGAAUUGCCCAUGUAAACUUCAAGCAAACCGCCCACGGCAUCGACAUUGACAAUGCUGAUUUCAAUGUUAAUGUUGACAGCAAUGGUGAAGUCUUUUCUUUCGGCAACAGUUUCUUCUCUGGCGAGAUCCCCGAGGAGGAGCCCUUGAAAAAGAGAGACUUCAACGACCCCGUUCUCGCUCUUCAGAAGACUACCGAGAUCCUCGGCCUGCCCAUUGAGGCCUCCACUGCAUCUGCAGAGCCGAAGGAAGGGCAAGAGACUUACACUCUCACUGGCACCGAUGGCGCCGUGUCUGACCCCGUAGCCAAGUUGGUCUACAUAGCCCAGAAAGAUGGGUCGCUUGUCUUGACUUGGCGGGUUGAGACGGACAUCAUGGACAACUGGUUGCUAACGUACAUCGACGCCAAAACUGGGGAAGAUAUUCAUGGCAUUGUUGACUACGUAUCCGAUCUUGCGACCUAUAACGUCUACAGCCCGUGGGGUGUGAAUGAUCCCAGCGAGGGAUCUCGUCAGUUGAUAACGGACCCAUGGAACUCAAAGGCGUCCGAGUUUGCCUACCACAGCGACGGAACUACCAACUACACGACCACGAGGGGCAAUAACGCAAUUGCUCAGUCAAACCCCAGCGGCGGAACAGCGUAUCUCAACAACUAUCGCCCUACCCGCACGAAUCUGAACUUUGAUUUCCAGUACUCAACUAGCAUGGCGACACCGUCUGCCUACGCCGAUGCGUCUAUCACCCAGCUAUUCUACACCUCAAACAUCUUCCAUGACCUCUUGUACCUUCUAGGCUUCACCGAGGCGGCUGGCAACUUUGAGACCAACAACAAUGGCCAGGGAGGAAGAGGCGCCGAUUUUGUCAUCCUCAACACCCAAGAUGGCUCCGGGACCAACAAUGCCAACUUUGCCUCUCCUGCUGAUGGCCAGCCGGGCCGGAUGAGGAUGUACCUCUUCACCUCCUCAACCCCUCGCAGGGACGCCAGCUUCGAGGCUGGCAUCGUCAUCCACGAAUACGCCCAUGGAGUCUCAAACCGUCUGACUGGUGGGCCUGCAAAUGCUGGCUGCCUCAACUCUCUUGAGUCCGGCGGCAUGGGCGAAGGGUGGAGCGAUUUCUUUGCUACAGCCAUCCGUCUAAAGCGAGGAGACACCCGUGCGACAGACUACGUCAUGGGAGCCUGGGCCACUAACAACCCUGCUGGAAUCCGACCAGUGAAGUACUCAACUUCGAUGACCACAAACCCAUACACAUACACCACAGUGAACAGCCAGACCGCCGUUCAUGCUAUUGGUACCACAUGGGGCGAGCAUUCUCUACGAGGUCCUUUGGAACCUCAUCGAUAA